AUGAGUUCUAGUUCGUCAGCAAAUCAAGAUGUCACUUCUGGCUCGGCACAGCCAAAGCAGGCCGCAUGCCUCGAAUGUCGCCGGAGCAAGGUGAAAUGUACGCGUGACGCCAAUGCUCUGGUGUGUCGGAAAUGCCAGCAGGCCGGUCUGCAGUGCGUCACGCCAGCUUACCAUGUGGGAAGGUACAAAGGCGUCAAAAACAAGAGGACCGGCUUGGAAAAGGCAAUCUAUCAGGUCGAACAAGCGCUGAAGCAAACCAAGGAUGGCUCUAUCGGACUCGCUUCCGACGUUGAGGCCGACCUUCGACAGUUGAUGGGGGCUGCUCAGACAAAACCCGUCGUCCAGCGGAGAGCCAGCUCAAACACCCCAGGCACAAUCCACCUGCGACCUUUCCUUCAGCCACGCCCAAGCCUGGUUCCCAGCGAGAGUAAUGGCGCAGCGGACGAUGGCAACGACGCGUCUGCUGCGGAGCAUGGCGAGAAGCCCGACGAACUCGCCCUCAACAAUGCCGAUAAUCCUUUGCAACUGCUUGCCAUGGCUUCUGUGCUGCCGGGACAGUCGCCCUCGACGGCCAUGUCGACGUCCCCCACCGGUGUUGCGUCACAUCCAGGAACGAAUGAAGCAAACACUGGCGACGCGGAGGUGCAGCAAUUUUUUGGCUCCUUGAUGCCCAGGCUGGACAAUUCUCCUGAUCUUGAUCCGAUUGACCUGGGACUCGUGACACAGGACGAAGCCGAUUCGCUGUUUGCGUACUUCUACGAACGACUAUCUCAUACCAGAUGGGGUCUUGAUCCUACCCUCCACACGGCUUCGUUUGUGCGGUCGAGGUCAGCCUUUCUGUUCACCUCUAUUCUCGCCGCCUCUGCCUUAUUCCUCCCCAAAGCGGAGGCAUUGUCGAGGCGACUCUCCAAUCAUCGAAACCACCUAGCACAAACCGUGAUCUUCAAAAGAAAUAGAUCGGUGGAGAUCGUACUAGCUUUCAUGGUCAAUAUCCCUUGGAUGACGCCUGCGAAACACUGGGCUGACGAUGAGACAUGCGCUUAUCUCUCGAUGGCGCUGAGCCUGGCAUUGGACCUCUCCUUAAACAAAAUUGUAGUUCCUUCUCCUACGAUUCGUCUUCCAGGCUUCCUCGACCGGGUAGCCAAAGCCGACUGUAUUGAUUCCGCAAAGGCUCUGCAACUGGAUGGCUUCCCGCAGGUCGAUCCGUCUUCAACCUUGGGUCGGCGUUUAUUGAGGACUCGGGAGCGGGUAUGGCUGGCAUUAUUCGUUCUUGAUCGGGGCAUCUGCCUUGCAAGGGGAAGACCAUAUGCAGUUCCGAUUGGGCCCCUCGUGGACAGCUGUGAUACAUGGCAUAUCUCUGAUAUUGCCGAUCGAUGGGAUGGUAGUGUUAUCUCUGCGGCUGUCUUAAGGCGAGACUUGGUCGGCCUCAUCACAAGUGUUCGCGAAUUUUGCGACGGAAGUCAAGGCGUCAAUGGUGGCCCGACGGCUGUGAGGUUUCUGAAAGACAAGAUCGACCGCUUCUUCGAGCAGUGGUAUCAAGUUUGGUCACGUCAAAUCACGCAAGGCGACGGUCAAUUACCUCCAUACGUCGAAAUCCUGGUCUCUCACACCAAGCUGUCCACAUAUUGUAACGUCGUUAACCACCCUACGGCAUCGAAUGAUGUGAAACAAUUCUUUCGUGCCGCGGGACUUGCGUCAGCCAUGAAUGUCAUGCGUGCAGCAGUCCAGGGGGAGAAUCGACUCAAAUCGAUGCCGAACAACACCGUCAUAAUGGUCUCCUUUGCCGCAACUUUUGCCCUGGCUCUUGGUACCACAAGUCUGGGCAACCGAGCCAUGCUGGCUCCGAAUGCCAAAGCGCUGAUUGAAGACACAACCCAAGUGUUGGAGAGGAUUGGAAGUUCCCCAAGACACCGCAAGGGCUUAUCCGUACUUUUCGCAAGGCAUAUCCGGCGGAUCAUGCAGAGCUCCGUUCUCAGUCCUCCUGAAGCGAACGAAGUCUUUCUCUCGGGGCCUUCAGAGCAUCCUCAUCAGCAGGAUCAACACGACGAGCACGAUCCUUCACGAGUAGCUUCAAUGCCCGCGCCCAAUAUUCCCCUAGAGCCGUAUGUGUUUGACAUGACCGACGACCAGAUCCUCGAAGCUAUCAAUAACGCCAGCACUUCACAGGACUUGUUCCAACUCGACGAGACCAUGUUCUUUGACUGGUUGGACUGGCCCAAUGUCACUUGA